AUGAGGUUCUCUCUUUUCCUGACCGGCUUCGUGGCCUCGCUCGCCACCGCCGCCCCCAGCAAGAAGCGUCAGGCUACGGCCGCCCCCGUCUUCACGGCCAAGACCUUUGCCGAUCUUUCUAUCGCCGGCGGCACGGCAGGUGAUGCCGCCGCAGAGGCCCAGCAGGCCCUCGCUGGCCUCCCUGCCGACCUGACCACCGUCGCCCCCGAGGACAUCGAGUUCCUGAGCGCCGUGAACUCCAUCGCUAACGAUGCCGAGAUCGCAGGCUUCAACACCGAGAUUGCCGCCUCCCAGCCCGGUGAGGCCGCACUUGCGCUCGGACGCGGCAAAAUCAAGAACAAGGUCCUCAAGCUCACGGCCACCACCAUGAGGCUGGCCAUCGAGGCUGCACAGGGCGAAGAUGUCGCCGCCGAGAUGGCCGAGGAGCAGGCCAAGCUGGACAAGAACAUCGCCGACGAUGCCGCCGAGGCUGGUUCCGCUUCCGCGGACGUCCAGUUCGACGCGUCCACCGACAACCCUGAUGCUUCCGAGGUCGCCAAGGACGACGCCCUGGCCGACCAGGCUUCUGCCGUUCUCGACCAGUCCAAGGAGGCCGCGGGAGGUGCCGACGCCGGUGCUGCUGCCGACGGUGCCGAUGCUGAGGCCGCCGAUGCGGAAGGCGGAGCUGCUGCCGAUGACGAGGCUGCUGCCGGAGACAAUGCCAAUGCGGGAGACGCCAAUGCGGAAGAUGCCAACGCGGAGGACGCCAACGCCGAAGAUGCCAACGCUGAAGACGCCAACGCCCAGGACGAGGCCGCAGCCGACGAGGAGGCCGACGCCCAGGACGCCAAUGCGGAAGACGCCAACGCGGACGAGGAGGCCGCUGCCGAGGAUGCCAACGCAGAGGACGCCAAUGCGGAAGACGCCAACGCUGAGGAUGCCAACGCGGAGGACGCCAAUGCGGAAGACGCCAACGCGGAAGACGCCAAUGCGGAAGACGCCAACGCUGAGGAUGCCAACGCGGAGGACGCCAAUGCGGAAGACGCCAACGCGGAAGACGCCAACGCGGAAGACGCCAACGCUGAGGAUGCCAACGCGCAGGACGAGAAUGCGCAAGAUGAGGAGGCUGCGGCCGACGAGGAGGCCAAUGCUCAGGACGAAAACGCCCAGGACGGAGCUGCCGCCGAGGACGAGAAUGCACAGGAUGGAGCUGCCGCCGAUGAGGAGAACGCGCAAGACGAGGCCGCCGCCGAUGAGGAGGCCAACGCCGAGGACGAGAACUAA